AUGUGGAGGAACCAGAGUGUAAUCACAGAAUUCAUCCUGCUGGGAUUUGGAGAACUCCAUCAUCUGCGGAUCUUCCUAUUCCUGAUUUUUCUGGUGAUAUAUAUUUUGACUAUGGCUGCCAACCUCCUCACUCUUCUUCUGGUAGUGACUGCUCAGCAUCUCCACACCCCUAUGUACUUCUUCCUAGGAAACCUGUCCUGCUUGGAGACUUUCUACAGCUCAACCAUCCUCCCCAGGAUCCUGGCUAGCCUCUUGACAGGAGACAAGAGUAUGUCUGUGAAAGGAUGCAUUACACAGCUGUACUUCUUCGCUUUCCUUGUUAGUACAGAAUGCUAUCUUCUCUCGGCAAUGUCCUAUGAUAGAUAUUUAGCUAUAUGCAAGCCUCUGCAUUAUACAACUAUUAUGAACAGUAGGCUCUGUAUUCAGUUAGUUCUUGGCUCUUGGCUCAACAGCAUUGUGUUUACCUCUGUAUUUUUGGGUAUGGUUUUAAAAAUACAGUUCUGUGGUCCUAAUGAAAUUGAUCAUUUCUAUUGUGACUCCCUCCCACUAGUGCAGCUGUCCUGCACUAACAUCAGCCUUGUGAAAAAUGUCACAGUAAUAGUGUCUUUUGUGUUCACAUUCCCUCCUUUUCUUUUGACUCUGACCUCUUAUGUAUAUAUUAUCACUGCCAUCUUGAGAAUCCCAUCAACCACUGGGAGACAAAAGGCAUUUUCUACCUGCUCAUCUCACCUCAUUGUUGUCUCUAUUUUCUAUGGGGCGUUAAUCAUUGUAUAUCUGCUACCAAAAACUGAAACAAGAGACCUCAAUAAAUUUUUUUCUGUCCUCUAUACAGUCCUUCCUCCCAUAGCCAAUCCUCUCAUAUACAGUCUGAGGAACAAGGAUGUGAAAGCAGCACUGAGAAAGGCUGUUACAAAAGUUCUGGAAGGACAAUGUGUAAAUAUGGCAUUUAAAUGUAGGUGGUCUGUUACAUUUCACAAAUAA